AUGUCGGCCUCCUUCAAGAUUACUGAUUCUCUCCCCCUCCCGAACUCGAACGUUCGCAUUCCGCGCCUCGGCUUCGGUGUCUACCGCUCCCCAACAGACCAGUGCGUGAAGUCUUGCCUGAAGGCAUUGGACGCGGGCUACCGACACAUCGACACAGCGCAGUUCUACGGCAAUGAGGAAGAAGUUGGAGAAGCUCUGCGCACUUCUGGAGUGCCAAGGGAGCAGGUUUUUGCGACAACCAAGAUCCUCAGCCCCGCCGCCUCGCUCGAGGCUACCUACGAUAAACUGCUAGCUUCCGUGCACAAGAUCGGUGGCGCGGACGGAUAUGUUGAUUUGUUCUUAAUUCACUCCUCCAGCUCAGGCUCUGCUGGGCGCAAGCUUUUGUGGCAGGCGCUUGAGAAGCUAUACGCGGAGGGCAAGGCGAAGAGCAUCGGUGUUAGCAACUGGGGUGUGGGGCACAUUGAGGAGAUGCGCUCAUAUGCCCAGGUGUGGCCGCCUCAUGUGAACCAGAUCGAGCUCCACCCGUGGUGCCAGCAGCGCGUUAUCGAUCAAUACUGCAAGAAGAACGGCAUUAUCGUCGAGGCCUAUUCGCCCAUCGUGCGGAACUAUAAAGCCAAUGACCCAACACUAGUGGAAGUGGCGAACAAGUACGGCAAGCCCACUCAACAAAUCUUGAUCCGCUAUGCGUUGCAGAAGGGCUGGGUGCCUCUGCCUAAGUCCGAUGACCCCGAACGGAUCAUCUCAAAUGCAGACGUGUUCGGAUUCGACCUCAGCGUGGAGGACAUGGCUGUGUUGGAUUCCCUCGACCAGGGUAGUGCUGGCGCUAUUGUGGAGGCCGUGAGCAACGAAUGA